AUUAUAAAGACCCAAAAAUUUCACAAAUCCCAAAGUCUUCGAAAAAAAAAAGAGAAAUAAUGAGAUUUCCAUUUUUUUCUAUUUACAUUUUCAUCUUUAUUUUCCUAUUACUUCAACAUUGCUCUCUGGGUUCUCAUGACCUCAUCCACCGGUCAUGCAAGAAAGCUGCAAAAUCCGAUCCAAAUUUGAGCUAUACUUUUUGUGUCACAAGCCUAGAGGCCAAUCUCAAGAACAAGAAGAAUGUAACAGACCUUGAAGAACUAGCUUUCGCCUCUCUUGACCUAACCACAUACAAUGCUACAAAGAUUGCUUCCAAAAUUUCCAUGCUUCUGAGGCAAAAAAUAAAAGUAAUUGAUCACCCCUAUGCCAAGAACUGCUUAAAAGAUUGCCAACAACUAUACUCCGACGCUGUUUCUUCCCUGCGCGACGCGAAACGCGACUUCAAAUGGAGGAAUUUCGAUAGAGUUAAUGUGGAAAUAAGCUCUGCAAUGGAUGCAUCUUCCACUUGCCAAGACGGGUUUGGUGAAAAGAAAGGUGAAGUUUCUCCUUUGACUCAGGAGAAUAAUGUCUUCUUUCAAUGGACCGUGAUUUCCCUUGUUUUUAUCAAUAUGUUUGCUCAUCAAUAAGCUGUUUUAAGUUUUCCACACAAAAAAAAAAGUUUUAAUAAGUUCAUUGUGAUUACAAGGGGAAAAAAAAGAGAGUUUA